ACGAGGCUACCGCCGCCGCCCCGCGCCUAGUGAUGGCGCGCCGCCUCUUCUCCGGCGCGAGAGAUCUCCUCGCGCCCGUCCCAGCUCCUUCACCAUCGCCGCCGCCUCCCUCUUCUUCAGCAGCCGCGGAAGCGGCGGCGUCGCUCCUGCCGCUGCUCCCGUGCAAGCGGCGGAAGAAGCUCCUGAAGAAGCUCAACAGCCCACGCGUCGCGCCCAUCGAACCCGAGGCCGACCGCCGCGUGGCGGCCCUGGACGCCGUCCUCGACCGGGACGCCGCCUUCCGCUUCCUCCACCGCGCGCGCUCCUUCAUGGCCUCCCUCCCGUCUCCGCACCGCAUCCCCCUCUCGGCGGCCGGCAAGCUGCACCGCGAGUUCGGCUUCCCCCGGGGCCGCAGCGUCUCGCGCGCCGCCGCCCGCCACCCGCUGCUGUUCCACCUCACCACCGUGGGGUCCGUCCCGCACCUCGCGCUCACGCCGCUCAUGUGCUCGCUCCUCCAAGAGGAGCGCCGCCUCCACGAUGAGCUCCUCCCCACGCGAGUGCGGGCGGUGCGGAAGCUGCUCAUGCUCACCGCCCACCGCCGCAUUCCCCUCGCGAAGCUCCACCAUUGUCGCGCGGUGCUCGGCCUGCCCGACGACUUCCGGGACCGCGUCCGCGAGUUCCCCGACGACUUCCGUGUCGCCGUGGAACCCAACGGCCUCCGCGUCCUCGAGCUGGCGCACUGGGACCCCGCGCUCGCCGUCAGCGCCCUGGAGCGCGACUUCGUCGUGGACGAGCGCCGCGUGCGGCGCACCUUCCGCUUCUCCGUCCCGCACCGCCGGUCGAUGCCGCUCGACGCGGAGGACGCGGACCGGCUGGACGCGGCGACCACGUUCCCGCUGGUCUCCCCCUACACCAACGGCGCGCUGCUGAGUCCGUGGACGCCGGAGGCGGAGAAGUACCGCGUCGGGGUGGUGCACGAGCUCCUGAGCCUGACGCUGGAGAAGCGCGCGCUGAUACACCACGUGUUCGAGUUCAAGGAGGAGCUCGGGCUCACGCGCCACAUGUACGCGUCGCUGCGGAAGCAGUGCCGCGCCUUCUACCUCGCCGGCACGGAGAUGAACUGGACCAUCUUCCUCCGCGACGCCUACGACGACGACGGCGUGCUCAGGGAGAAGGACCCCCUCGUGCUCUUCAAUGAGAAGCUGCAGGGCUACGCGUGCAUGACCGAGAUGGAUUCCAAGCAGAGCUGGUAGUAGCCUAGUAAGACGCCCCGCCGCUGCAGAGCUCGGCGCUGGAUUUGCAAUUGCAUUCUGUGUUGGGUGCAUUGUUUUGUCAUGUAUUCGAUGCUUAGUUUGUUCGGUUUCCACUUCCAGGCUGAUUUUCUCUGCUUCCCUGGUCAGAAUUUUGAGAUGGUGGCGUACUUCAUGGUUACCUCCUGGAACCGGCAACAGCAAUCAUAAACAGAUUUCUUCCGUUUGGAUCCUGGAAGCAAAACCUCUGCCCCAAA